UUGGUUGCACGAGUGGUGUUUCGCUUCACAGGACACAUUAUCCUACGCAAUCCAGACUCCAUCAUGACCAGAUGGUGUUUAUUUUCUCUCCUAAUUAUGCGAGAACUUCUGACAUUAGUAGCAGUCCCAGCAGUUGCACACCUCACCAUUCCGUCACAGACAUCCGACGUUUUUGGUCUUCCAAACACCCUUUCAUCCGGCUUGUUAUCGUCGCAGACAAAAGGAAUAAUUCCCUCCCAGUGGGACACACAGAACCUGUUUUCUACUCUUCCUACGGUGGUAUCUGACAAUCCAGUAACUUCAGUCACAACACUACCUGGAAAUUUAGCAACAAAUGUAGGCUUGGGUGAUGGAUUAGUGCAGACCCCCAUUCUCGAUACCACAGCUCGGAGUUCAGGCUUGCUUCAACCAAACUUGUUGACUAACUUACCUUCAAUUUCAACACUACCAUCCACAACUACUUUGGACACCACGCUACCUGCUGUGUCAAAUAUUCUGACACAUCCCAGAAUGACUGACCUGGUCACACCGAAUAACCUUGCUAUCGGAACUUUAGAUACCCCUGUGUCAACCCUUCCGGUGAUAAACCCCCUCGGAACUGCUGUCCGUUCUGGAGCUAUUGAAACGCCAGGCUCAAUACAAACAGAUUCAGUGAUAAGCCCUAAAAUAACGGUCAACACAGUAAGAACGAUCAAUUUACCAAAUGUUGUUGACAGCUCGACUGUUCCUUUAUGGCGACCACGUCCGCGAGUUCUGAUUUACGUUGUACCCAAAGUUAAGUACAUUCCACAUAAAAAGAUGAAAAAAUUCGUUCUUAGGAAGAAACGUCUUCUCCACAAGUAUGCCGAGGAUCCUACGGACGACCUAUAUGAUGGGAUGCGGAGAACGUAUUAUGAUCCCUACAUCGGUUGGCCAGAUGACUUUGGUGGUCCUUACGGCAUUCCACCACGGCCUCCUAGAUGGAAGGGUUUUGGAAUGAGACGCCACAGACUCCACGGAAGGCAUGGACCUGUAUUCCCCAGAGAGGUAUUUUGA